GAGAAAAAUAAAAUCAAUAAAAAAAAUUAAUCGAAAUUAUCUUUAAAAAUCGUAUUUUUUCCAUAUUUUAAUACAUUAAAUAAACUCGAUCUUGGAUUGGUUAAUGAAAUAGUUUGACUUUAAUGUAUGACCUCUAUAUUAAUAUUUGAGUCUGAAUAAUAUGAAAUAGCAUUGGAUUCUUCACUAAGUAGACUUUAGAAAUUUCAAAAUGGAGUCACAAUGACUUUUAUAUUUCUGAAUAUUGGUAGUUCUGAAAAAAAAAUCGCAAAAUAUCAACAGAAGUUCAUAAUUCAGAUAAAACGUUUGUAAGAAACUUUAGAUGAUACAUUUGGUUCAGAUGAAACAACCAUUUGCGAUAUGCCAAUAAUUUUGAUAUGAAGGCAGUACUUGCAUGAGGAGAUCCAAAAUCACUGUAACAAUGCAUUGCAUCAUUGCAAUAAGAGUAUUUACCAAACGUUUUAGAAAUGGAAAAAUCCGAAAGAGAAAGUGACAGUCCGAGGCCAUAUGAAUCUUCAGAUGCUCAGGUUGGAGAAGAGAUAGCUGAAAAGAAACCACAGCAACAGCAAGUCCCCCAGAGUCAGAUGAAAGAUGAACAAAUGUUGGCAGAAAUAGCGAAAGAAACAAAAAAUGAAAUAUCGGAGAGCUUAACAGGAAGUCAUGAAAAGGAGCAAAUUCUACAAUCCAAAAUCGAGCAAGAUGAAGAGUCGAAGCAAAGUGUUUCUGAAGAACCCGCCAAAUCAGCUGGAAUGAAACACGAAUCGCUAAGUCGUGAUUGUGAAAAGCAAAGUACAGUUCAAGCGACCACACAAAUACAAAAAGUUGAAGCAACUAAAGGACCUUCUGAACCGUCUGGAGCAAUGAAUUGCAGACUUACCAUUGCAGCUAUUGUAGCACGAGUGAUGAAUGAAUUGCCUGCUGAACGUAUUCCUGAAUCUUCAGUGAUUCUAACUUGGAUGGAAGAGCAAAAUGUGCUAGAAUCGGAUAGAGGCUUGGAACCAGGAAGCGAAUCACAGCCAAGUAAAGAAUCUGAGCAAGAAUCGCCAGUUCGGGAAGCCCAACAAGCGAUGGAAUUGGUUCUGGAGGAAGCGGCUAUUUGUUUUUCGGGGCAAGAACCGAUGGAAGAAGCAGAUGAUCCAUCUGGAACAAUCAGUUGCAGACCGACCAUUGAAGAUAUUGUAGAAAGAGGGAGUGAUGUGCCUGUUGAACGUACUACUGAGUCUUCAAAGAUGGCACAAAAGACAACGGUGAGUGAACGCAGUGAAGAAAUUCGAGCUCGGGUGGAAGAAGAGCAAAAUGUGCCAGAAUCGGAUAGAUGCUUGGAACCAGGAAGCGAAUCACAGCCAAGUGAAGAAUCUGAGCAAGUAUCGCCAGUUCGGGAAGCCCAACAAGUGUUAGAAUUGGUUUUGGAGGAAGCAGCUAUUUGCUAUAUGAAACAAGAACCGAUGGAAGAAGCAGAGGACAUUGAGGAUCCUCAGAAAUACGCUUUUCGGGAUAAAGAUCUUGAUUGAAGUCAAGCUUUUGGAUGUUUUUGCCCAGAAAUGUUUUCAAGUGAAGUUUUACCACUGUACCAGAGAAGAAAGACCAAAUUAAUAAUUUCCUCUCGUGUUUUAAUCUUUCCAAUUUAUAAGCACGAUCGUAAUAUGCUAUUUAUUAGAAUCAAAAACUGUUUCAUUUCAUUCGUAUUCGCCUGUUCUUUCUUUAACAUAAUUUUAGGAAUUUUAACUUAGAAGUUUACUUUUUCUCUUAAUUGCUGUGGAUUUUUCU